AUGGAUAACAGUCAGAAUACUAACAAAGAUUGUUCAUUAUCACAAAAAAAUGAAUUUUUAAGUGAGAAGAAUUGUAAUAAUGAGAAAUGUGACGACAACCAACAACAAUUUCAUCAAGUAAACACUCAAAAUUUAAGACCACAGUCUUCAGAAUAUUCAGUUGAUGAAAUAAAUUCGCAAAUGGAUAAAGAAUUAAUUAAAUCAUCAUCACAGGAAAAUAAUGAAUUAAAUUCACAGGAAAAUGAAACCAAUGAAAUAAAUUCACAAAAAGAUAAAGAAUUAACCCAAUCAUUUACACAAGAAAACAAAAACAAUGAAAAUGAAGGAUUUGAACCAGUUGAUACAGUAUUACCUUCAACAGCUAUAGAAAUGACCUCAUCAAAAGAUGAUAAGAAAGUUGAAACAACCUCAUUAAAAGAUGACGAACAAGUUGAAACAAAAUUAAAUGAUGACGAAGAAAAAGCUAACACAGAAUUUGAUAGUACUUUAGCACAAUUAAUUUCAAUGGGUUUUGAAUUCUCUAUUGCUCAAUUAGCUAUAGAAGAAAAUAAAAAUCUUGGAUUUGACGCUACUCUACAAUGGUUAUUACAACAACAGAAGCGAUCCCUUAAUAAAGAGGAUACAUCAAGCUACCCAAAACGAAAACUUGCACCAUAUCGACGACCUAUAUCCGCUUCUGACGUUCAACCCCCAAAGAAAGGAAUAUUGAAACCUUCAUCUCAACCUAAUUCGCGAUCAAUUUGGAAAAGAGAUUGGCUAUUUUCACUGAAUACGCGUCUUCAAAAUGUUGCAAAUACAUCACCCACCAGUGCAUCACCGUCACCAACUUCAUUUUUUUCAAAUGCUUUAAAACGUCUUAAUACUCAAAUUGCAACAUCAUAUUCAUCAUCACAACAAGAGGAAUAUCAAGAACAACGACAAUUAAAAUCACCUUCAUCAUCCACUUCCUCAAUAACAAAUGACCGUCAUCAUCCAGCAGAUCAAAUUUCACAAUCACAUGGUCAACAACAAUAUCCUCCUUCUUCACCUCUUACACAAAAAUCAUUAAAGAGAGUUCGUUUUUCUGUAGAGAAAUUGACAGAUGAAUAUCCGCAUUCACCUAUACCUGGAGAUAGUGAUAAUAAAGUUGUACAAUAUUAUUUGGCAGCAUGUAAUAAUCGAGAAGACUUUCCUUUAGAUCGUCUGACUUCUAUUUUCAAGAAAGCAUGUCGACCAGGAGAAUUAUUGCAAAUAAUUGAUUUAACAGGUGAUAUAAUUGAUAGAAGAAUAGCUGAACCAAUGGCAGAUGUAUUUACCCUAGAAUUUGGAUUACAAAAAUUAAUAUUGGAAAGAUGUGAGAUUGAGGAUGAUACUCUUAAAAUCCUUAUUCACAGCCUACUAGUGAAUGAUACCGUUUCACACCUAAAUUUGUCGAAUAAUAAAAGGAUAAGAUCAAAUGGGUUUAAUUAUAUCGCUGUCUAUAUAAAAAAGUCAAAAAGUUUGAAAUAUCUUGACCUUUCCGGUAUAAAUAUUGAUAAAAAAUCCGUAACUUUUUUGGCACAAGCUUUCACAUCGGGAAUAAAUAAGUCAGGUGCUAUAUUGGAGACACUUAAAUUGGAUAAUUGUGGAUUAAAGAAUAAUGUUCUGGAAACUUUGGGACCUGGUAUACGUCGUUCUAAUUUAAGAUAUUUAUCGCUUCGAUAUAAUCGAAUUAAUCAUGUUGGUGCAGUAUGGAUUGGAGUGAUGUUAAGAGAUUAUGAUGAUUUAAAUUGGGAACCAAAUAAUCCUUCAUUUAGUCCGACAUUACCUACAUUUAAUGAAUUUGAAGAAGAACUAGCAGAAAAAUCACGUCGAAGGAAACGUGGAUUAGAAACUUUGGAUAUUACUGGAAAUGAUUUGAAAAGUGGAAUUCAAUAUGUUUCGCAAGCUUUACGACGGAAUAGAAGCAUAAAAGAAUUAUUUAUGCCAGAUAAUCAAAUAGAUCCUAAAGGAUUGGUGUAUAUGGCAGAUGGUUUGAGACAUAAUCAAUGUUUGGAAUUACUUGAUUUAAGCCGAAAUCCAGCUGGUGGUCCAUCAACUGAAGGGAUUACUGCAUUGCGUAAUGCCUUAACAUUUAAUACUACACUAAAAAUUUUAUUUCUAUCGAAGACACAAUUAGAUACAGAAGGUGCGAUUGCUAUUGCUGAAUAUCUUCCAGAAACUAAAUCAUUAAUUCAUUUGGAUUUAACUUUUAAUCCUGAAAUUGACAUUGCUGGAGUUAUGGCAUUAUCAGUGUCAAUAAAAAUGAAUGAGAGUAUUCGUAUAUUAGAUUUAAAUGUUCAGCAGAACGAUCCAGAAUCAGCUCGACUUUCUAGAGAUAUUCUUCGAGCAUGUGUCAGAAAUACUGAAUUGAUCCAAAAACAAAAAAAUAAAGAUCCAAAUAAUAAUUUUUCAUUUCCGGAAUUCGAGACUAAAUCUCAUUCUAUGUUAUCCGAUGACCAAGAAUCCAAAGAAAUAUCACUUAAUUACUAUUUGGAAGAUUUAAAGAAAGAUAUGAAAUUGGCUAAUGAGUGUUUAAAUGUUUUUGAGGAAAUGUUAUCCAGUGAAAUUCCAAAAUCAAGCAAAAUAAGAAUCGAGACGAAUGAAGUAAUUGAGCAAAUAAAUGCUCAGUGUCAAAAUUUUCAAUCAAAAAUACAAUCACACAUUUCAUCAAUUGUAGAUGAGAAAUUACUUGGUGAACUUUUGAUAUUGAAUGAUAAACUUUCAUCAGCAUUACAUAAAUAUGAGAAGAUAUAUAAAUGUAAUGUUUCAUCUUCUAAUUCAGAAAAAAUAAAUUCUACAACUUUAUCUGAGCAAAAUACUUUAUCAGAACAAAAUACUUUAUCGGAGCAAAAUACUUUAUCAGAACAGAAUACUUUACAGAAUACUUCUUUACAUAAUACUCAUUUACAGAAUGUUUCAAAUCUUUCUUCAAAUACAAUUCAUGAUGAUCAUAGUCAUGAUAAUAAUAAUAACCCUUCUUCUGAAUCACCAAUAAUCGCAACAAAAUCAUCAGAACCUGAAUUCUCCUCAUCUACAUUUUCAAUAGGGGAUUCUGAUGAUGAUGAUGACAAUUUUGAGAAUAUUGGAUUAUUAGAAGGAGGAAAAAAAAUGGUUAAAAUAUUAGAAGUAGAAGAAGGUGAAAUAUUAAAGUUAUCAAAAGAAGCACUUGAUGAGACAAAUUCUGAAGAAUUUAAUAAAGAUGAAAAAUUAAGUGGUGAAGAAUUAAAAAUACAAGGGGAAAACAAUGAUAUUACAACAAUACAAUAA